CUUCUGUUUUUAUUUUAUUUCCGUAUUAUUCACGUUUCUUCAACGUUCUCUUUUUGAAGUUCAUUUACUUCCCAAAUACCGGGCAUUUGUAAAAUGAAAGAAAUUGUUUUACCAGGUGAUCGCAUUUUAGCUGCUGAAGAAUUAGCCAAGAGCAAAAAAGUAAUUCUAGGGCCAGGGUUACGACGAGAAAAUGAGCAAGUGCUCGCUUACAAGGGAGGAAGACUUCAUCAUAGGGGACCAAACACCUACUGGGUUGAUAGUUAUCAGCAACGCUACGUUCCUGCUAGAGGUGAAGCUGUAAUCGGUGUAGUAACAGCAAAGGCAGGCGAUAUAUUCAGAAUAGAUAUCGGAGCACACGAGCAGGCUUCACUUUCAUAUUUGGCCUUUGAGUCUGCUACUAAGAAGAAUCGGCCAGAUGUAAAUCCGGGAGAUGUACUUUAUGGCCGCUUAAUUGUCGCUAGCCGCGAUUUAGAGCCAGAAUUGGUGUGCGUUAAUUCAGCAGGAAAGAAAGGUAAACUCGGUGUACUAACAGACGGUUUUGUCAUGAACUGUAGUUUAAACCUAGCGCGCCUAAUUUUACGCAGCGAUUGCCCAUUAUUGAGAGCAUUAACUAAAGAAAUGCCCUUUGAAAUCGCGGUCGGAUUAAACGGACGUAUUUGGCUUAAAGCGAAAAGCCAUCGGGAGACAAUAGCGCUAGGAAAUGCAAUAUUAGCAGCAGAAAAUGCAUCGUACGAGGAAAUGCCAAAAAUUUGUGAAAAUAUUGGAAAUAUACUAUUUACAUAAUAAAAUUCCUUAGACUUUUUUUAA